UCCUCCUUUCAGACGAUUGCCUUCUGUGGGGUGCGUUUGUAGACAAAGACCUCCCACAUUGAUUGUAGGCGGGACACGGGGGUUAAUAAAUUGGGAUCAAGGGGCAGUUUGAAGUUAGAUACACUGUGUCUGGCAGGAUGGUGCUACCUUGGCUGGCCUUGCUGUUGGCAUCUUCUGUUGGUGCCACACUAUGCCCUGAUGGCACGGCGUGCGGGGAGGACAGCCUGUGCUGUGAGCUGCCGGGCGAGCAGGGAUACGGCUGCUGCCCCAAAGAAGAGGUCAUCUUGCGUGCUCUACCAAUGAUCUCCGUCCAGGCGCUUUGUUCUGACCCCUCCAGUUGCCCUGAUGAAUACACCUGUGUGGAGACCCCCCAGGGCAAAUCUGCCUGCUGCCCCUAUCCCCAGGGAACAUCUUGCCAAGAUGGUCACCAUUGCUGCCCCUCGGGUACCCACUGCUCCGCCGAUGGACAGGAGUGCAUCCCAGCUGCCAAUCAGUCCGCCAUUAUCUGCCCCGAUGGAAGAUCUGAAUGCCCAAAUGAUGCCACCUGCUGCAUGAUGCCUGAUCAGAGCUGGGGCUGCUGCCCAAUACCCCAGGCCUCUUGCUGCAGUGACCACCUGCACUGCUGCCCCCAUAACACGCAAUGCGACACGGAGCACGGCCGAUGCAUCUCUGAACACGGCGCGGUCCCCUGGAUGCGCAAGCUAUCUGCUACAGUAAAGAUGGCGCCGUUGGGGGAAACGGUCAAACGGACUCCCUGCCAGGAUGGCUCCUCCUGCCCAGAUGGGGCUACUUGUUGCAGACAAAAAGAUGGUUCAUUUGGGUGCUGCCUCUUCACAGAUGCUGUCUGCUGUAAAGAUGAUAUCCACUGCUGCCCCUCGGGAACACGGUGUGACCUGCCUCGCCAAAAGUGUGUCUCUUCGGACCUGGAGACACCUCUGUUCCAGAAGUCCCCGGCUUUACGCGAGAAAGCCACAGAUGUUAAAUGUGAUGACACUGCGAGCUGCCCAGACGGGAGCACCUGCUGCCGGAUGCCAACUGGAGAGUGGGGGUGCUGUCCCAUUGUGAAGGCCGUCUGCUGUUCUGACCAUAUCCAUUGCUGCCCAAAUGGCUUCACGUGCUCAGGAGACAGUUGUAUUGGCGACGGCGUGUCUAUUCCCUUGCUUAAGAAAUUCCUAGCUGUGCCACAAAAGGCUUCUGAUGUUCCUUGUGAUGAGACCUCAAGUUGUCCCGACAAGACUACCUGCUGCCGCCUGGCAUCUGGGGAAUGGGGUUGCUGCCCCUUGGAACAGGCUGUGUGUUGCUCUGACCACGUGCACUGCUGUCCCUCUGGCUACACGUGUUCUGGUGGAAAAUGCAUUCAGGGUGGACUCUCCAUACCUUGGCUCAAGAAGAUUCCAGCUCUGACACAAGAGGUAACAAAUGUUCAGUGUGACGAAGAAACCAGCUGUCCAGAAGGGAAUACUUGCUGUCGUUUGGCCACCGGAGAAUGGGGCUGCUGUCCAAUAGAGAAGGCUGUGUGCUGCUCUGACCAUCUGCACUGCUGCCCCAGCGGUUAUACAUGCGAUGUGUCCACUGGUUCAUGUAACAAGCCCCAGGCAGAGACUCCCCCAUCGGUGAAGACCUCUCCCAUCCAGCCUGUAGAUUACGUCUGGUGUGAUUCCCAGCAUGCUUGUUAUGACGGACAGACCUGCUGUGUGGGCCCUGGUGGAGUGUGGACCUGCUGCCCAUAUCCUGUAGGAGUGUGCUGCCCAGACAGAAUCCACUGCUGUCCGUACGGUCAUGUGUGUCUGCAAUCCGGGGCCGCGUGUAGCCGUUCUGGGCCUCCACGCUGGGACGACUGGAAAAACCCAACCGCUCUACUGUGAAUGGCUAACACAACCAAGUUCUUAGCACUUUGCCAAUGGCUGCAUAACCAUGUGCGCAGCCCAACACUGGAAUACUGCUGGAAUAAAGCUUAAACUUUUUGAUAUUUAAACUAAAAAGCUUUAUUUCUUUUCCUUUCUUUCCUAGUGUAAAAACUUGAUUGCCAGUUUAAUUGUGAAGUGGUCAAUAUUGUCCGUCCAGACCAUGUAUAGCUUGGUGUUAUGAAUCCAUGCCUCCUUUAUACGGCUUUUCUUUAGUCUGCUGAUCACCGACCCUUUGUGUUCUAACAUUCUCGCCAUCCCCCAAAAAAGUUUAAUGUGACUCUUAACGCUAUACAUGGUGGGCAAACGUUCUACCAACCACUAUAUUAUCUAGAACUCAAGGGGAUUCGGCCCCCCCCCCAUUUGGUGGCUUAUUUAGAACACCUUUCCCUAAUACCCACAUGUAACGGCUAUCUACUUGCGUUGCCAGUCCCUCCAUGUUUUACAAGGAUUAUUUUUGUAUAUAAUUUGAUCAGUAUCUUAAUCUGUGGUAAUAUCUAAACAUAGGGGUGGAAUAAUGGUGCCUUGGGGUUGUUUUACAUUAAAAGAAAAAUCUGGUCUUUUGUAUAAGCGUUUGUUUGCAUGAUCCAGAGUCGACAUUAAACUAUAAAACAAAGUUUAAAUUAA